CCACUUAAACACACUAGAUAUUUGUAAACAUGUUUACAUUUUUGGACAUCCUUUUUUGAUCUUCUGGUUGGAAAUUGACCAUUUUCGUCCAAUCAGCUGUUUACUUGUUUCCCAAUUCCGUCCCUUCUUUUUGGCAAAAUGCCGUCUAGUGAAUUUAGAGGCAUUAAUAUAGAUAAGUUGAAAUUGUUGUCCAGUGGUGUUUUUGAUUGAGAGUGGAAAAUAAAUUACCUGAAUGUAGCUAAAAUUCCUUAACUUGUUUAUAAACCCAUUUCUAACCGGCUUGUUCUAGACACCGAAGGAUAAACAAACAAUUAACUAAAACACUAGCCCGGGGCACCUCCUCACAAAACAUUUGAUUUAUGGAGCCGGAUCUCGCCUGCGUUAUCUUUAUUCGCCCGAUCCAAACCCGCCCCAUUCCCAGCCCGUCUUCUAUCAUAUUUUUUUGCUUUGCUUAACUAUAUGAUAGUUGUUUUUGUUUCGACCACCGAUGCAGCAACUUUUCGCCGCUCCUUCCAGCAAAUGAAUUCAUUUUACAGCAACUUGACUUUGUUUACCUGAAAAACUGACCGAGUUGUUGACACAUGCUGGGCUGACUUCUCCCUUUCCCAAGAAAUCCUCAGUUUGUGUGUCUGAACAAGUUGCCGGUGCCAUUUGAGUUUCCUUUAUUGUAUCGUAGAUUUAUCCUUCAAAAACUGCGAGGAAAUGUUUUUGGAGUUCGACAUACAAUUUUUAAACCUAAAUUAACAAUGUUGACAAAUCAAAAAAUCAAUUAAGCAAUUAAGUUAGACAGGCAGGCUUUUGAUCAUAGCUUCAAAACAAGUUUUUUCUCCGUUUUAAGACGUAAUGUUACGCACUUCACCCUGAAACAUUGCGACGAUCUGGAAACUAACAUCAACAUGAGUCUGGUUAAUUUGAAUUCAGGCUCCUUUUACAUAUCAACUGAAGACCUUUUAUUCUACCAUAGAGUCUCGCUUCAAAGUCACUCCACCGACUAUUUUCCUCCAGGUACACUUGGACUGAAAAUGAGGGAAGAAAUACUUUCCGGAAUCUUCCACAGAUCCAGUGGCUCCCCCGCUCACAAUGGCACUUCUGCAGCAAUAGGGGGUCGUCACGAGGGACAGCUGGGCGCAUUUAAUGAGUCCUUCAAUGGGACUGUGCUGUAUGAUGACGCCAUGGGUCCGAGUGGGGGACUUGACCUGGGACUUCUGCUCAAAAACAUCAUCUACAUCAUCACUGGAGGUGCACUACCUGAACAACUUCACAAAGCAGAAGGCACUCACGUCCAUCCUGCCCACGUGGGUGCUGCCGCAGGUCCUCUUCUUCCUCCUCGUAUGGCUAUACCCCUACUUCGUCCCGGGUACUCCCCCAGUGCCGGAGAGCGACUGCUACGUGCCAUACCAGGAGAACGUCACUCUCAAUGUGGCCAUAGCUGUCAUGUCAUUCUGGGUGCCACUGUUCAUCAUCAUCGCCCUCUACAUCCAGAUAUACAGGGUGGCCAAGCGACUGUCCAAACGCAACGAGCGACAAACUAAACUCAAGGUCAUCCGCAACCUGGAGACAAAAUCAAAAGCAAAGACAAAAACGACCACCACCCUUCCCUUGAUCCGGAUCAGAGAGGCCACUGUAUGUGAGAAGAACCAUCCUACUCCAACUCCAACUACAACAGCAGCAGGUUCCAGUCCAAAGGUGGGGAAGAGAAGGAUUCGGGAAAACAGGACACUGCAGGGAGGGGCAAGGGCGGAGAAAGAGGAGCCCACGUGUGUGAAUCAGAACGGGGGAGCUCCCGUUCACCUCAAUAUCAAACAGGAUAGUCCCAAGCAGAGCAUCACUGUAAUUGGACCUACUACAACAUACGCAGAGAGGAGUGCGAAUUCCAGCCAGCAUCAAGACCAGAAGUCAGCCAAACGAAACUGGCAUGCGGCUUUGAACAGGUUGAAAGAGAGCCAAGAAUUCCGCUUAAUUCUAACCGUCUCCCAACAAUCGUCAGAGAAAGACGAGAGCGGAGCUAAAGGCGGGAAACAUAUCAAGGCCCUGAAGAUGCUCAGUUCGAUCCUGGCCUGUUACGUCAUCUGCUGGGCACCCUUCAGCUGUUUCGUUAUGGUCAUCGCCAAGUGUCCCACUUGCAUUCCACUGUGGGCAUACAACAUCAGCUAUGGCCUCUGCUACAUCAACAGCACCAUAAACCCCUUCUGCUACGCAUAUGCGAACAUAGACUUCAGAAGGGUAGUGGUCCAACUCAUUAGAAGGGUCGUUUGCUGUGAGAAACACAACCCUAAUAGCUCCUCAAGAUUGAUCCGAUGAGAAAAUA